AGGUUAAAUGAGAGAGAGAGUGCACAAGAGCCAUUUGUAUCGGAACUGAGAAAUCUUCAAAUUUCAAAAAAAGCCAAGGAAGGCGGGAUUCCAAACAUUCUCUUCAUCUUCUUCUUCUCUCAGUCUUCUCUACAUUUAUUACAACCGAUCCUCGCGAAUCACAAACUCAUCUCCAGAAAACAGUGUAACAAUGGCGGAAAAUACGGCCAGCCAUAGAAGAAAACCUCAGAGCUUGAACGAUCGACACUACAGUAUCCUCCAGGAUCUUUCUGCGCCUCCUAAACAGCCUCCCUCUUCUUCCCAUGGAGAAGAUGACGAGACGAAGAAGUCCAUGAUUAAGCUUGCUGGACGACGUCGUCUUUGCAAGGCCUUGCCAAAGGAAGACGUUGACGAUGGAUACGACGAUCCUGAUUUGGUUGAUUUCGAUUCCCCAGUUAAAGGAGAUACAUCAGUAGAGAGCGCUGGAGCUGGGAACAAAUUCACAUCUUGGGAUCAAUCAAAGGAAGCUAACACAGAGUUGGCUGGCGAGCCUAACUUUUCGAUAAUCACAGACUUUAGCUCGCCCUCACCUCAGUUGAAGCAAAACGAGGAAAUGCAAGGUGAUGGAGGAAGGAAUGAGAUCAUGGAUAUUUUGGAUGAUUUGACCUCUAAGCUUGGGACAAUGUCGAUUCAGAAGAAGAAAGAUAACCAAAGCAAUGAUUUUGAUGGUGGUGGAGUGAAGAGCCGGGUUGAUAAAUUUGAUUUCGAGGAUGCCAAAUCCUCAUUUUCCUUGAUAUCGGAUCUAUCUCAGUCCUCACUAGAUGUGGGAACCACAUGUAGUGCUGGCGUUAAUAGUCUCAAGGACAAGCAAGGCAACGCUGGUUUUGCCAUCCGGGAAGAGAAAACUAGUAAUGAGUUUUCAAGGGAAUUGGAAGAAAGAAUUUCGGAUGUUGGAAAGCAAAACUCAUAUUCUGGUCGGCACUUUGAUGAUAACUCUGAAUAUAAUAGGCAGGGAUACAAUCUUGACCGUGGGAAGAGCCAACGCAAGGAAGAGAAAACUAGUAAGGAGUUUUUAAGGGAAUGGGAAGAAAGAAUUUCGAAUGUUGGAAAGAAAAACUCAUUUUCUGGUCAGCACUUUGACGAUAUCUCUGAAGAUAAUAAGCAGGGAUACAAUCUUGACCGUGGGAAGGGCCAACGCAAGGAAGUGGGCCAAAGUCUGAAGACGACUAGACACAUAGAGGUAAGUGAGAAGCUAAGAACAGUCGGAAGGUCUAAUGCCGCCAAGCUAAGAGACUUAGACAAGGAUGAUGAUGAUGACUGUGUCAUUUUGUCCGGGAAAAAGGCGGCUGAAAUGAAAAUUCAUCAUGAAAAGCCUAAAAAGCCAGCUCGGUCUUACAAUACCGAAAGACAUGGUUAUGAUGAGAGAUCGUUGGAGGAUGAAGGGUCUAUCACUUUAACUGGCCUCAAAUUGUCUUACACAUUACCUGGAAAGAUUGCAACAAUGUUAUAUCCACAUCAGAGGGAUGGGUUGAAGUGGCUUUGGUCAUUGCAUACCCAAGGGAAAGGUGGAAUACUUGGAGAUGAUAUGGGUUUAGGUAAAACUAUGCAGAUUUGUAGUUUUCUUGCUGGUUUGUUCCACUCCAAAUUGAUCAAGCGUGCUCUGGUAGUGGCCCCAAAAACCUUGCUGCCUCACUGGAUGAAAGAAUUAGCUACCGUGGGACUUUCAAAAAUGACUAGGGAAUACUACGGUACUUCUACGAAAGCCCGGGAAUAUGAUCUCCACCACAUUCUGCAGGGUAAAGGUGUCCUUCUAACAACCUAUGAUAUUGUGCGGAACAAUACAAAGGCUUUGCAAGGUGACGACCAUUAUACUGAUGAGGAUGAUGAAGAUGGAAUCAAAUGGGACUACAUGAUUCUGGACGAGGGACAUCUUAUUAAGAACCCCAACACACAAAGGGCCAAGAGUUUGCUUGAGAUCCCAAGUUCUCACCGUAUUAUAAUAAGUGGUACACCAAUCCAGAACAAUCUCAAGGAACUGUGGGCUCUCUUCAACUUCAGCUGCCCUGGGCUACUCGGUGACAAGAAUUGGUUUAAGCAGAAUUAUGAGCAUUACAUUCUUCGUGGAACUGACAAAAAUGCUACUGAUAGAGAACAGAGGAUAGGCUCAACAGUAGCAAAGAACUUGAGGGAGCAUAUUCAACCUUUCUUCUUGCGGCGCCUUAAGAGUGAAGUCUUCGGUGAUGAUGGUGCAACCUCCAAACUUUCAAAGAAGGACGAAAUUGUUGUAUGGUUACGGUUAACAGCUUGCCAGAGGCAAUUAUAUGAAGCUUUCUUAAACAGUGAAAUUGUUCUGUCAGCUUUUGAUGGUUCACCUCUAGCAGCUCUAACGAUACUGAAGAAAAUAUGUGACCACCCGCUUCUCUUAACUAAGAGGGCUGCUGAGGAUGUCCUCGAAGGAAUGGAUUCAACAUUAACACCAGAAGAAGCAGGCGUGGCUGAGAGAUUGGCUAUGCAUAUAGCGGACAAUGUGGAUACAGAUGAUUUUCAGACCAAGAAUGACAGUAUCUCUUGCAAAUUGUCAUUUAUCAUGUCGCUACUGGACAAUUUAAUUCCAGAGGGGCACCGUGUUCUAAUCUUCUCCCAGACACGCAAGAUGCUUAAUCUCAUUCAGGAUUCUCUUACCUCCAACGGUUAUAGUUUCUUGCGAAUUGAUGGUACAACAAAAGCCCCUGACAGAUUGAAGACUGUUGAAGAAUUUCAAGAAGGUCAUGUGGCUCCUAUAUUUCUCUUGACAUCUCAAGUUGGUGGUCUUGGCCUUACUCUGACUAAGGCAGACCGUGUGAUUGUGGUGGACCCUGCCUGGAAUCCAAGCACGGACAACCAGAGUGUUGAUCGAGCAUAUAGAAUUGGGCAGACGAAGGAUGUCAUCGUGUAUAGGUUAAUGACCUCAGCAACUGUUGAAGAAAAGAUAUACAGAAAGCAGGUAUACAAGGGAGGAUUGUUUAAAACUGCAACUGAGCAUAAAGAACAAAUCCGCUACUUCAGCCAGCAGGACCUUCGAGAACUUUUUAGUCUUCCCAAGGGAGGCUUCGAUGUAUCACCUACACAACAGCAACUAUAUGAAGAGCACUAUAACCAGAUCAAACUAGAUGAAAAACUGGAAUCCCAUGUAAAGUUUCUUGAAACCCUUGGUAUAGCUGGAGUUAGCCACCAUAGCUUACUUUUCUCCAAGACAGCUCCUAUCCAAGCGAUACAAAAAGAUGAAGAAGAAGAAAUAAGGAGAGAAACAGCAUUGUUCUCGGGACGCCCAUCAGCAAGUAUUUCACAAGACACCGUCAUCAAUGGGGCUGACUAUGCUUUCAAGCCAAAGGAUGUGAAUUUGGACAAGAAAAUCAACAUUUCCCCAAUCGAUGACAAGGAAUUGUCGGAAAGCGAAAUUAAAGCAAGACUCAAUCGUUUGACGAUAUUAUUACAAAACAAGGAUACGGUCUCAAGGCUACCUGAUGGAGGAGCAAAAAUCCAGAAGCAGAUUGCUGAAUUGACUCGAGAACUGAAAGACUUGAAAGCAGCAGAAAGGAUCAAUAUGCCUCAAGUUAUUGACUUGGAGGAGGAUAUAAGUCAGAAGAUGCACAAAGGAUUGAAUCUGUAGAGUAAGAUACAAGUCAAGGUGCAAGAAAAGCAAACGACCAUCAUUGCAACACUUGUGGUUUUUUUGUUCCUUAAUCUAAUUUGGUUUUGUUGAAUUGAUAAGUCAAUUACCAUAUGACUUGCUGCAAAGAAGUAUGCCAAGCCAGAUUUCAUCUUUUUCAAACCCAAACUUUAAUCCGUAAAAUGAAUACAAAUUGUCUUUGAUAUUA